AAAACGAUACUUCUUAAAGCAUUAGGCGCAGAGAAUGAAAUUAAACCUUACCGUCGUUCAUAACGACAAUCGUCACGGCUUAUUACGGACGCGUCAACUCGAUUCUUUUGCAUAUUGUAAUGCUCCUGCAAGAAGUACGCAUGUUUUUAUAACGCGAAGAUCGAAUCGAAUUAUUCGAUUUUGGAAAUCGUAAUUCGAAAGUCGAUAUUAAAUAUAAUUGUUUUUUUAUUAUUAUUAAUCUAAAUGAAAAUAUUAAAGUACUCAUUAAUACUAAUUUAAAUUACGAGCAAACGUAUUGUGCGUUUAUUUUUUAAAUACAUAAUAGAGUUGUGUAUGUAUCUGGAUUUUUUUUAAAUAUCCUUACAACACAGAUCAGUGACUUCUUAUAGUGUUAGACAGUGACUAAUAGAAGAGAGAUUCAAAAUGAAUGGAGCUGUAGAAAACACAUACAACAUAUCGAUCGUGGAUUCGUAUCGGAAAUUCAUGGAGAGAAACAGUGAUCCGCGGACAGAAAACUGGUGGUUAAUGUCCGGCCCGGGACCUCUUCUCACUCUGCUGGCGACAUACGUCUACUUCUGCACAUCAGUGGGACCUCGCUACAUGAGAGACCGGAAGCCUUAUGACUUGAAGAACCCAAUAAUACUGUACAAUGUAGUCCAAAUUCUGAUGAGUGCUUACUUGGUCUACGAGGGUCUCAUAGCGGGAUGGUGGAAUGACUACAAUUUUUCCUGUGAACCAGUCAAUUACAGUGAUGACCCAAAGGCCAAGAGGAUGGCCGCAGCAGUCUGGUGGUAUUUCGCGGCAAAAAUAAGCGAACUCCUCGACACGGUGUUCUUCGUUCUUCGAAAGAAAAACAGGCAGAUUUCCUUUCUACAUUUAUACCACCAUUUUAUGAUGCCCAUUUGCGCUUGGAUCGGUGCAAAGUUCUUGCCAGGUGGACAUGGCACCCUACUCGGAGUUAUCAACUCUUUCAUCCACAUCAUCAUGUACACUUACUACCUCAUCUCUGGUCUCGGUCCACAAUACCAGAAGUUCUUGUGGUGGAAGAAGCAUCUUACAACAUUGCAAUUGAUCCAGUUCUGCAUAAUCUUCUAUCACAACUUCACCGUGAUGUUCAGAGACUGCAACUAUCCCAAGUUCAUCAACUUCCUUCUCUCUUUGAACGCUGCACUCUUCUUGUACAUGUUCGGAAACUUCUACUACAGAAAUUACAUCAAGCCUAAGCUGCAAAUCAACAAAACGCAACCUACCGAAAUUUCUGCCAACGGAAAAGCGAAAGAGUGCUAGUUAAAAGACUUUGUGGGCUUAUUUUACAAUCGCUAUUAGGAAAAAAACUACUAUAAGCAUGUUUAUUCUCAAUUUUACGUUAACCAAUUUUUGCUCAAUAAUCGAAAUUCGGCUAUUAUCUAAUUCAGUUUAUGUAAUAUAUUUUCUUUUUUGUUUUACUAUUGAAACUUUGAAGUGAAUAACAGAAUAUUCCUAAUUAUUAUUUCUAUAGCGCCAACGGUCAACAAAAGCUAAAGAAAAAAAUUAGUUAACCAACAAAAAAGAAAAUGGCACUAAAUGUUUUUGGUCUUCCAAUUUAUAUCCGAAUGUUAUAUAGUUAACAAAAAAUUCGUGACUGUUUUUUUACGAAUACUAUAUAUAUAUAGAAAAUGAUAAAUACUCUAAAUAGAUAUAUCGUUAGUACUCAAAAUAUAGUUUAAAUACUUAAAAUAGUUCAUCACAUAUACUUAGCUAAAAUUUAGCAGAUGCCUAAUUAAUAGUCAUAAUGUGUGCCACUCAAUAUCAAGCCUUUUGAUUUCCAGCACAAUUUUAGAGCAUAUAUUUUUGCUAUAAAGAUAAUAAAAUGUCAAUAAUGGCGUUCAUAAUAUAAAAUCAUAAUAUGAAGUUCAUACGAGUGGUAAAAGGUAAUUUGGCUUAAGCGAUAUUUCCCUUAAUACGUGACAUUUUUCAUUGUAAUCAAAGGUGCGUUUUAUUUGGCAUUAGCAUCAACAGUGAACUUCAAUUAAGUUUUCUCCAUUGAAAUAUCUGAAGUUUUUUUUUUUGCUAUGAUAUUUUUUUUCAAAUUUUAAACUUUAUGUGGCUUCUACAUAUAGGUACUUUAAAGUUGCAAAAAUGUCACUUAUACCAAAUAUUAUUCUUUCACCCCUCGAUAUUACUUUGAUAGUUUUCAAAUUACUAGGUUAGUCUAGAAUAAUUUUGAAAGUACAAACUUAGGCAUGUGAUAUGUGUCAAGUUCCUAUUGGCACGGAGUUAAUGGUGAUAUUUAAUUCUUUCCUCCAAAUUUGUAAAUCAAGCCUUUUGUUUAGUAUUGGUAAUGGAAUGCAAAGAAUCAGAAUUUCGAUAUAAAAUAAUAGUUAUUCCAAUUGUUUUUUUUGAACACUGUAAAUCUUUCACGACUAUUGCUAGUUAACAUUCUAAUGCGCAACCGGGUUUUCUCAAUUUUCAUUUCAUUGACUGUGAAAGCCAUUAUGUAUCACAGCAUUUUCUUUUUUUUCGGCCUAAUAUUUUUUUGCUAAUCUGUCCUUAUGUUAUUUCUAGCUGAACGUCACCUCUGAUAACGAGUGACAGAAAUCAGUUCCAAUGACUUAAAGAACGUCCUACUACCAGUAAUUACGCAAAUUAUAAUUUUGCUGAUGUCAUUUUUAUUACACGAUGUUAUUCUUUCACCGUGGAAGUCAAUCGUGAACAUUUGUUAAAUACAUAUUCUGGAGUGCCAGGGUCGUAUAACUGAUUCUUCUGUUAAUAGCCGCCCAGACUAUUAUCAUUAAGAUUAUGCGACCUGAAAAUGUUGAAUCUGCGACGUCUUCAAUGAGAAUCGCGCGUGAUACCGAUUAGGUUUUCUUUUACCUACACAUGUGCAAGUCUAGACGGACUACCCUGGCUUCACCAUGGCUGGUGGGUGAACUCACGGGGCUCAGCCUGAAUGGAUUUGCUGUCUGCCUUAGCUAAAACAGUCCUUGGUUGAAUUUUCUACCAUCCACUGAGGAUAUUCGGUGAGGAACAAAGUCGGUUGUAUCUGUGGGUUAAGUUCCACGUUGAACUUUUUGUCGCAUUUGACGAGUUCAAAGAGAACGGUGACUGGCACUUGAAAGGCCUAAAAGUACCGUAGUUACCUAGUCUCGAAAAAGCGUUCUGACGCUGUUUUCGGGUAUUUAUAAAUCGGUUCGAAAUCUAAGUCGUUGUGAAGGUCUACAUUCCUCACAUAUCAUGGCGCUUCGACGGCUGUCCUGUAAAAACGGGAUUCUAUUACUUGUAGGGUGUUAAUGUGAGGGCGGGCCGAGUGAGCAAACACUACACUUGCACAAGUCAUUACCGCACAUAUGCAAGUUUUGUAGAGUUUCACAUUAUUGCGAAUGGACUAUUUUCUAUGGAGUCUACCGAAUAUUAACGCGGCUUGGUUGCGUACUGACUUAGUGUGGGGACCGAAUGUCAUCCUUCUAUCCAAGGUAAAAUCUAGGAAGUACCUAGGCGUUACCUUGGCCAGCCCAUACCAUAGGCUUUCGAUGCCUGGUAUGGUAUGGGCUGGCCAAAUAUUUUGAUAACGGAAAUUGAAUUACCACGCCUAACUCGUGACGAGGUCCUAGAAAGGGGGGUAGGGAGGGAGAACGAUUCCAAUAAUCCUUCUUUAGCGCAUGAUUACAAAACGGAAGACGAAUCAACUACCGAAAUUUCAAAUUUGUAACCACAAUGGCUUUGCGUUGAAAAUCAAUUAGUUAUUCCAGACAAAUAAAUAUUUACGUACAUAUAAAAGUAAAAGAUUGGGUAUACUACAAUAUCUCUCACGUUUGCCACGUCAUAAUUCUAUUUCUUUGCAAUUCAUUAGUAAUUAGUGUACUUUCUAGUUUAAUCUAAAUAAGUAUUUCGUUAUUUUACUAAUUCAUAAUGUAGAUACGAUUUACCUUGUCAAUGUGCAAUUAAUAGUUUAUUCAGGUUAAGGAUAUUCUGUAAGGAGUAUACUUUAUUUACUCUGUAUUUUCCGAGUUCAAAACGGUAGGAACAAGAUUUAUUUAUUGAAAAGUUUCAGUAAACCUUAAUGUGUACCUACUUAACCACACCUAAAUUCGAAUUUUAAAAUGCUUGACAACCUAGUUGUCUAAAUUUUUUAUAGACUAGAUAGUAUGUAUCGUUUAUUUUUUUAAUUUAGUGUGUACUUUUUUGAAAUUGUAUAAGACUUGUUUUAUUUGUUAGAGAAAAUAAAGAAUCGGGAUUUUUCUAAUGUUUACAAA